AUGGAGUACGACCUUUACGAUCUCGCGGAUGAGAGCAAGCAGCCGUGCGCCUUUCUUCCCCGGGGGUUGAGGAAGGGUUUAGGCUGCUGGGACAACAGCUUCAACCGCCCCGGGUUCGAUCGCGCCGAGUUCUCCGCGACGCUCGUGGACGUCGCGGGGUUGACGCGGCCGGAGUUCGACGAGCUGAAGCGGCGCCUGUGCGCGGCGACGGAACCGUACAGGGCCGCGUCGCACUGGCUGUACUGGCUCCCGUUCCCGGCGGUGGGAGCCGUGUUUGCGCUGCAGGCGUCGGUGCUGAGGGCGACGUUCAUCGGGGCGGUGCUCCCCGUCGUCGCCAUCGUCGCCGUCUACGCCAUCUUCUUCAAGCACGCCAGCGCGGUGGCGUCGCACAACGCGCGCGUGGACGAGGAGGUGGACGGGGUGCUCGCGGAACUCAACGCGCGAAAGGGGCGGGCGGUCGCGGCGCUCAGGCGGGAGCACGUCGGCGCUUGCGUGGGGAGGCGCAACCGACGAUCGAGGUUGAUCGUCUUUGGCGCAUCUUUGGCGAGGUCGGCGAACGCGCCGGGAUACGUAUACACAGGGAGAGGGGCGACGGCGGUAUAG